AUGCAGCUGCCUCACUACAUUGUUUGUGUAAGAAAACCAGCUUUACCCAAGAGUGCCUUCUCCAGGGGCGUGCCUUGCCGUGACUGUGAGAACUGUCUGUCCUGUUCUUUCUAUGUGGAGAUGUCCCAGUUGACUGUCACCCCGGCAUCGAAGGAACACACCCUGGGGCAGCUCUGCUUUGAACGUUGCUGUCCAUUUAAUAAACAGCCCUUCUCUUCUGACCAGCGCCUUCACCUUCCAACACCAGGAACAGCAAGCAGCAGGACUGAGUAUAAACACUUGGAAGACAAAGGCCAAGAUGCUGAGUUGUCAGGGACACUUUCACUUGUAUUGACACAGUGCUGUAAAAGGAUAAAGGAUACUGUUCAAAAAUUGGCCUCAGACCACAAAGACAUCCACAGCAGUGUUUCUCGGGUUGGAAAAGCCAUUGAUAAGAAUUUUGACUCUGACAUUAGCAGUGUGGGAAUCGAUGGCUGCUGGCAGGCAGACAGCCAACGGCUUCUCAAUGAGGUGAUGGUGGAGCACUUCUUUCGACAAGGAAUGCUGGAUGUAGCUGAGGAGCUCUGCCAGGAAUCUGGUCUUUCUGUAGACCCCAGUCAGAAAGAACCAUUUGUGGAGUUAAAUCGAAUAUUAGAAGCAUUAAAAGUCAGAGUUCUGCGACCUGCUCUGGAGUGGGCAGUAUCAAAUCGAGAAAUGCUUAUAGCCCAAAACAGCUCCUUGGAAUUUAAGCUACAUAGACUGUAUUUUAUUAGCUUGUUAAUGGGUGGAACUACAAAUCAGCGAGAGGCAUUGCAAUAUGCUAAAAAUUUUCAGCCAUUUGCCCUAAAUCAUCAAAAAGACAUUCAGGUUUUGAUGGGCAGCCUCGUGUACCUGAGACAAGGAAUUGAGAACUCACCAUAUGUCCACCUGCUUGAUGCGAAUCAGUGGGCUGACAUCUGUGACAUCUUUACGCGGGAUGCCUGUGCCCUCCUGGGGCUCUCCGUGGAGUCCCCUCUCAGUGUCAGUUUCUCAGCAGGUUGCGUGGCGCUGCCAGCUUUAAUUAACAUUAAAGCUGUGAUUGAGCAGAGGCAGUGCACUGGAGUUUGGAACCAGAAAGAUGAAUUGCCCAUUGAAGUGGACCUCGGUAAAAAGUGCUGGUAUCACUCCAUAUUCGCCUGUCCCAUUCUUCGUCAGCAAACAACAGAUAGCAACCCACCCAUGAAAUUGGUCUGUGGUCAUAUCAUAUCAAGAGAUGCCCUGAAUAAAAUGUUUAAUGGUAGCAAAUUAAAGUGUCCAUAUUGUCCAAUGGAACAAAGUCCAGGAGAUGCCAAACAGAUAUUUUUCUGAAGAAAUAAUUUUAAUUUGCAGUUUGUAAGUGAAACUGAAUUGUGGGUGCAUUUCAGAAGAGAAUGUUCCAUUUAAUGCAGCUACCCAAGGACUCCCGUGUUUAUAUAAGCUAAUGCUCCAAAAACUUUGCCAACAUUUUAGUGCACACACACCGAGGGAGUGUUCCAGACGAAUAUUAUCAUAGGGCUUUAUUAUAUUCUUGGUCUUUAUUUCCGAUCAAGUAACUACACCAGCAGUUGUCAUUCAAUGCAGGUUUUUGUACUUAAUUAUAUGGUGAUUUUUUUACUUUUUAAGAGCAGAAACAGAAAUUGACCUCCCCACCAUGUGAUUAGUAUUUUUCCUGCUUUUACUUUUGUCAUUUUCUUGAUAAUUGUAAGCUUUGGGAAUGUUUGUGAAGAAGUUUUAUUUCCUGUUAUGUGUACAUAAUUAAAUGAAAAUUCUUCAGAAAAAGUUUGGAAAACUGAAUUGUGGCUAUAAAACUAAUUUGCUUUUUUUUUUUUUUUUUUUUGCCUAAGGAAGAAAGCUGUGAUAGAUUUCAAGUUUGCUUUUUGAUCUUUUUCUCUGCUCCUGUUCUCACUGAAAAGUCAGCAGACCUGCAUUUGAGUUCUGCUGGUAGCCUGGCUGCCUGUUUUUAAAAUCCCAUCAUGAAUUUAGCAGGUUGAUGUGAGAAGUCUUCCGCUAGAAUAGAGUGGAAGGAGCACUAUUGUUUCUAUGCUUUUAUUGCCAAGAGGUGCUUGUUUUAAAAGUGUGUUCAAUAAAAUGAAAUUCUGAAGUUAGAAGUGUUAAGUUGAUAUUUGCUCCCUUGGUCUUAGUAGCCCUGUGCUCUGAAAUUUGCCUUCAGGACUUGGCUGUCCAUUGCAUUUGUAUACCAUGCAGACACAGUAUUGUGUGUGUGUAGAUGUGCACCAGCAUCAAACAUUGUGCAUCUGGAAGGGGAGAAGCAUGUUCCAGUCCUAAAAUGCAGCCACCAGAGUCAUUACUUUAAAUCCUUAAAGUUAGAAUCUAGCGAAUUUUCUGUAGUGCAGAAUAUGUUUAUUGCUGUUUUUGUAUUUGAAUAGUAUACUGUUCAAUGCCUCUCCUGCAGCGUGUAUCAUCUCAUUGACUGUGAACCUGUAUAUUAUUCUAAUGGAUACACAAUGACCUUUUCUCUUGUGUGGUAUCUUCAUUUAAUGCACUUUCCAGAAAUAGCCAUGUGUAAGAGUCUUUCUCUGUAUGAUGAACUACAUGGAAAAGACUUCCGAGGACAUAAUUCUGACAAACCUGUUAUGUUACUUCAUUAUAAGAAGAAUGGUAUAUGGAUAUCACCAAAUAUUUUGCAACUUUAUUUCAUCUGACAUGGAACUGAACAUCAGUAUAGGAAAACUUUCAUGAGAAAACGAAAAAAGAAGAAAACAAGCAAAGAGAACCAUGACACUUCACUUUUUAAACUACAGAUUGACUUAGGUUGGGGAGAAGGGGGAAUGGAUUUGGUGCUAAGUUAAUUGGAAGGUGGCAGCACUUGCAGUAAUACACCAGCCUGGCUGGUUUGUCCUGAAGUGUGUACCUUGGGGAGUUGGGUUUUGUUUAUAAAGUUGGGGUAUUACAGAGAGCCCUGCCUGACUGGCGUGUGUGGCCAGGCGUAGGUGGAGGGCUACUGUGAGCUGUGUAGAUGAGCCAGGAAUCGUGCUUAGCCUGCUCAGAGUGCUUGCUUUGUUCGACCCGAAACGUAUCCCCACAGCAACUCUUGCGCAGUGUUUCUGCUUUCCUGUUACAACCCUCUCUAAAGUUCCCUUCUCUCCACUCUCGCAGUGAAGGAGGAAAGUGGGGAGAAGCUCCUUGGACUCCAAAAGAAGGUAGAAAAUUCAAGGCAGUACUCUGGUUGAGGACGUAAAACUGGUUUAUUUUUUCUUUUGACUUAAAACCCAGAGUGUCUUUUUUUUUUAGCUUUUCUAAGCCAGAUUUAGCUUUAUUCUCACCUACCAUCUCAGACACCUACACGGCAUUUAGGCUUCACACAAGGCUUCACACAAGAUUUGAACAGUACAGACACAUUGCUUUAGAGGCUGGUGGUAAAUAUUUUUGGCAGCCAGGGACUCAGUUGUCUCAGGCCACUUUCGGGGACAAAAGCCAGAGCUCUGCUUUGUCCCUCUCCCAGUAUUGGGAAUCCUGUUGACAGUUUCCGUGCAAGGUCCUUGUAGUCCUACUGGACAGGGUUAGGGCCAAAAAUUUGAAACUCUUGAUCUGAUUAUUUAACAUGAAAAUUAUGUUUUGUGAUCCUUAACUAAAUGCAUGGACUUAAAAUUUACUGGUGAUUAAAUGUGAAGGAGAGGUGGCCUUGAAGAGGCCAGAUCUUAACCAAAGAUACUGAAAUACAGUACACGGUCCUUCCUACUCCAGUAACACCUUCACCAGAGCUGGCCGCACCAUGUCACCGGGGCUGCGGAGGUCAGCGGUGCUGGAGGACGCCCUUCGCCACACUCUGCCUUCCACUUGCAAAAGGUCACGAUAAAACCAAGGUUUCUUACAGUCAGACUCUUUAAAAUAAUGUACAUUGAAAACCAAUUCAGAGUGGUUGUUUAAAUUCCUGUAGGAGCCAUUUCCAUUUAUCAGUCAUGGACUAUACUAAACCAAUAAAACCUUACUAGGUCCUUAGAUUCUGCUUCAGCCAGAGCAUCUGUGCUUCCCAGUCUGAAGCACAGUGGCUGAAGUUGUCUUUCAGUCUUCUUUCUCGGUGGUGUGAUCAUCACAGAUGCCAUUUCUGUUGUUUUAAUGGUGAUAAUGUGAGACUUCUAAUACAUAAAUGAACGGGUAUUGGUGCCUCUUGAUUUUAAAAUUUUGAGAAAAGAGCCACCUCACAUUCAUAGGAUGUGUGAGUAUUUUAUGAGUGCAUGAGCAUUUAAUUGAAAAUAAGAAAAUUAUGAAGUCAACCUUUUGUUUUGAUUUUUCUGAAGCAGCUUUGUACACAGAGACACUAAGACCCACACCAGGUUUGUGGGGAACGAGGAUCCUUUUUUGUCUCCAGGGAGUCCCACAGGUUAUGCCGUUGGCGUUCAGUAUUCUCUAUGCUGUGAGUUAUUUCCACCUCAGUGACUUCCGCUUUGGGAUGGGAGAGACUACAGAAACCAAGAACUCUUGGUUACCUGCACACGGCAAGCUGCUGGUAGGCGUUAGCCCUCUGGUUUUCCAGCUCAACCUCUGACCGAGUGGACUGCCAGCCAAGCUGGUCAGCUAUCUUAGUCAGAAGACUCAGGUUAUUUUCAGGGAAGACGUGGAGGCAUGAUUUGGUUAAAUUCAUCACUAGGAUGUGUAAGGUAAAGACACAAACCAAAUAUCUCUCAUUACUUAACUACAUACAUUCUCUUUGGUAACACUAGAAUGCUGCGGUCGUGAGGGAGUGUUAGCAAGGAUACUCACCUCGGUACUUCAUAAGCCUGGCCAGCUGCGGGGGUUUUAUGGGGUACAAUAGUGUUUGCCAUAAGCAGGUACAAACUUCAUGGACUGUUUAUUGAACUAUAAUUGAGUAGAUACCAAAAAUAGAAUGACAAAUGUAUUUUAAUAGCAGAUGAGGCAACUAGUUGUAGGCGAGUUUUCCACUGUUGAUUUUACUUCUACACACAGGGAGAGAAAACGAAGUUCUGUUUUCAGGACAUUUCCCUCUACACAGUUUUAACCGCAGUGAGCGUAUGCUUCAUUUACUUCCAAAGAGGCAAAAGCAGCUGGAAUUGACUCAAUAGCACACGCUUUGUUUCAUGAUAUGGGUGAGGACCUAUUCUUAUUUUAGCAGUCACGUAACAUUCUCCAACGAGGCAGAUGUGGGGUUCACUAGGAUUUAGUGCCUGAUCUUUUCUUUUGGGAAGGGGUGGGAGUGAAUGUAUUGGGGAUGGGAGGGAAGCAGGAGAAAAAAAAUGGGAGUGUGAGUGAGUGUGCAUGUCUCUGAAAUUCACCAUGACCCCCACCUGUGUCUAGCAAGGAGCAGGUAUUUAAUGUAUUUUGCUCAUGACUGCAGUGUGCAUGUUCCCCCCUCUGUGUUCUCUAACUUACACUAAAAGGACUCAUCAAAUCAUCUUGUUCAGAUGGCUCAGGAUUGUAUUUCUUUUGCUUACCCUGUGCUCUUGGGUUCUAUAGUAUUUCUAUAAUUAUGUAACAAGAAUAGUGUUGCACUGUAAUCUAUUAUAUAGAGCUAUAUGUAUGGAAAAUUUUGAUCAGUUUUUUAAGCAAUGUAUCCUGUUUGCAAAGGCACAAUAAAGUUGCAUAUUAUAGACAAUAGGCAAUAAAGCUAAAAAUAAACCUUAUUUAACACAAACCAUA